CUACAAAACAAAACAUAAUUGAGACCUCCCUCUUCUUGUUAAAAGAUAAUAGCAAAAGGCAUCUUUACUUUAUUAUGAUGUAAAGUUUUCAACCGUUGUAGCCAAAUUACGUGUCUCCUUUGGAUUCUCUGCUUCAUUCACAUCCCUACUUCCCUCUUCUCUCCCUCUUUCCUGCUUUCUUGAAUUUGUCGCUAUUUUCUAAGCUCAAAAAAUAGCUAAAAAUCAAACCUUUCUACAAUUUGAUCUUUCAUUGUGUAAUGGGGUUUUGCUAAAAUCUUGCAAUGAAGUCAACUCUUGAAGAAAUUUCCAGCAACAAUCCUGUAAAAGUCAUCUUGUUGUAGUAUUGUUCUCUCCUUAAUCUUCACUCUACUGUGUCAGUUUUCUACUUUGUUGAAUUUCCACUGUUUUAAGCCCCAAAUAUAGCUAAAAAUCUCACCUUUGUGCAAUUUGAUCUUCAUUGUGUAAUGGGGUUUGCUAAAAUCUUGCAAUGAAGUCAAUUCUUGAAGAAAUUUCCAGCUACAUCCUUACAAAAGUCAUCCUGUUGUAGUGUUGUUCUCUCCUUAAUCCUCACUCGACUGUGUCAGUUCUCUACUUUCUUGCCUUUUCACUGUUUCUAACCCCCAAAAUAGCUUACCCUUUUUGUAUCUUCACCAAUUUCUCGUGAUUGAUUGAUAUUUUGGUGUGAAAAAUCUCAUCUUUGUACAAUUUAAUCUUCAUUCUCUGAUGGGUUUUGCUAGAAUCUAGCAAUGACAUCAAAUCUUGCAAAAUUUGCCAGGGACUUUCUUGCAUUGUUCAUCCUAUUGUUCUGUUUCUGCAUGUCAACAUUUGGUACAACUGAUUUCGACUUUGAAAAUUUAACACUGAGUAGUUUAAAGCUUCUUGGCGAUGCACACUUGGGUAACAACACUGUAAGGUUGACACGUGACCUCGCCGUACCAAAUUCCGGUGCCGGAAAAGCUCUGUAUUCUAAACCAGUAAGAUUCCGGCAACCGGGGUUUGAUUUUCCGGCGAGUUUCUCGACAUUCUUCACAUUUUCAGUGACUAAUUUGAACCCAUCAUCGAUUGGUGGUGGUCUUGCUUUUGUACUCACGCCGGGUGAUGAGUUAGUAGGUGAUGCUGGUGGGUAUAUGGGAAUCUUGGAUGCUAAAGGGACACAAAUUGGUACAAUUGCUGUGGAAUUUGACACUCUUAUGGAUGUUGAAUUCAAAGAUAUAAAUGGAAACCAUGUUGGUUUGGAUCUAAAUUCAAUGAUUUCAACUCAAGUUGGUAAUUUGGAUUCCAUUGAGGUUGAUCUCAAGAGUGGUAAUUUGGUUAAUUCUUGGAUUGAAUAUUCUGGUUCUAAUGGACAGCUUAAUAUAUUUGUAUCAUAUACUAAUCUCAAGCCAAAAGAACCAUUUUUAUCAGUUACAAUCAAUCUUGCUGAGUAUGUAAAUGAUUUCAUGUUUGUGGGGUUUUCUGGUUCAACUCAAGGGAGUACUGAGAUUCAUAAUAUUGUGUGGUGGAGUUUCAGUUCAUCAUUUGAUGCAACUCCUAACUCGGUGGCAGUGGCUGCUGAGCCGCCACCACCAACGACUAGUUUGAUGAACCCAACGGCGAAUUCAGUCAUGUUGCCACCACCUUCUAUGGCUCCAUCAGAGUCUAAUAGUACACCAGGUGUAUUGCUAGAUAAGAGUAGUAGGAAAUGUCAUAGCAAUUUUUGUAAACAAGGUCCUGGAGCUGUUGUUGGUGUGGUAACUGCUGGUGCAUUUUUUCUUGCCUUUGCUACAUUGGUACUUAUUUGGUUAUACUCCAAAAGGUUCAAGAGAGUGAAAAAUUCUGAAAUUUUGGCAUCUGAUAUCAUCAAAAUGCCUAAGGAGUUCAGCUAUAAAGAACUUAAAUUGGCCACGAAAGGUUUCAAUGCGAUGAGAAUUAUAGGCCGUGGUGCAUUUGGGACUGUUUUCAAGGGUAUUUUAUCGGACACCGGUGGCAUUGUGGCAGUCAAGAGAUGUAGUCAUAAUGGACAAGGGAAAGCAGAGUUCUUAUCUGAAUUAUCUAUAAUUGGAACCCUUAGGCAUAGAAAUCUUGUUAGGCUUCAAGGAUGGUGUCAUGAGAAAGGUGAAAUUUUGUUGGUGUAUGAUCUUAUGCCUAAUGGGAGUCUUGAUAAGGCAUUAUUUGAAUCAAGAAUGGUUCUUUCAUGGUCACAUAGGCGAAAAAUCUUGAUAGGCGUUGCUUCUGCCUUGGCAUAUUUGCAUCAAGAAUGCGAAAAUCAGGUGAUUCAUAGGGACAUUAAGAGUAGUAACAUUAUGUUGGAUGAAGGGUUCAAUGCAAGAUUAGGAGAUUUUGGAUUAGCAAGACAAGUUGAGCAUGACAAGUCCCCUGAUGCAACGGUAGCAGCCGGGACAAUGGGCUACUUGGCUCCCGAGUACUUGUUAACCGGAAGGGCAACUGAAAAAACUGAUGUUUUCAGCUAUGGAGCAGUGGUUCUUGAAGUGGCUAGUGGAAGGAGGCCAAUUGAGAGGGAAACAACUAGAGUUGAGAAAGUUAGAGUAAAUAGCAACUUGGUUGAAUGGGUGUGGGGGUUACAUAGAGAAGGAAAUUUACUAAAUGCAGCUGAUUCAAGACUUUGUGGUGAGUUUGAUGAACCAGAAAUGAGAAGGGUUCUAAUGGUUGGACUAGCUUGUUCACAUCCUGACCCUAUGGCUAGACCAACAAUGAGAGUUGUAGUCCAAAUGCUAGAGGGUGAAUCUGAAAUCUCUCUUGUCCCAAGAACUAGGCCUUCUAUGAGUUUCAGCACAUCACAUCUCCUAAUGAGUUUGCAAGAUAGUGUUUCUGACUUGAAUGGUAUGAUCACACUUUCCCCUUCAUCAUCUGAAAGUAGCUUCACUGGUGGUGACAAUGGCAUGGACUUGGUCUAACCAAUUUCGAGUUAAUGCACCCAUAAGAGCCCACUAAUCCCCCGCAUGGGGCCACCGUCAGGGCGGAACAAGCACAAUAACUACUCUGAUUGGGCGUGGACCGGAAAAAAGUAGCAUCAACUUUGAGUUAUCUUUUUUGUUUUGUUCAUAGAUUCAUUAAUUUAAUUCAUAAUAUAUAUAUGUACCAAUAAGCUUAAGAUUUUGUAAUGUAAUUUUCUCCUUUUGCUUUCAUAUACUGUAGUCAUUGAGUGCAAAGUAGAGAUAUUUAGUGGGAAAGAAUAAAUAUAUGAAGUCCUUUUCUUGA